GCCAGAUCAGUAAACGUCAAAAUAUUUGAUGGCUACUAAACAGUUUGGUUUUUGUAAUUUGUAGCAGUAGCCAAAACGCAACUUUUUGCGCAUUUUUCAUUUUGUGCGUCGAUUGUGGUGCAACAAUUACUUGUUUCUGCGAUCGGAACUCAGUAAUCAAUUGGCUUAGUGCUUCCUGGAAUGCCUCCGGUGAAAAAUGAAGGUGAAAGUGACGCGGAUGGUGAUAUGUCUGGAGGAGAGUCUGAUCACUCCGCAUCCAGUCGUGCUCCGGACCAUGAUUCUAGUGCGGAGGAAGCGGAUGAACCGGACUCCGAUGAUUCUUCCGAGAUGAGCGAAGGUGAAUGCGAAAGGCGAAGAUCCGAUUGUUUGGAAAAUCUCACCAAUCUAGAGAAGCAAUUUGUGGUCUUGAAGGAGCAAUUAUACAAAGAAAAAAUGAAUCAAAUAGACCAGCAGCUGCAAGAGGUUCGCGGUGGUCGCUCACAGGAGUACCUCGCACCACUGCAACGACUAGCCGACAAUAUGAACAGCCGAAAAGAAGUAGCCGAAAUUCUUAAAAAUUUUCGAAUGGAAAAUAUCCGGCAUAAGUUCGAGUCGGAACUGCAGGCAGCUCGUCAGCAUUUUGAGAGUGAAAAACAGCUUGCCAUGGACGCAAUAUACGAGGAACUAAUGGAGAAAAUUCGAAGGCUCGAGGAGGACCGGCAUAACGUGGAUAUAUCGUGGGCUGAUUGGGGUACGAGUACUAGAACCUCAAAGGUUCGAGGUCCAGGUCGAAAGAAGGCAGUCACUGUUUCCGGUCCGUAUAUUGUCUACAUGCUGCGGGAAGAGGAUAUUCUCGAAGAUUGGACGUCAAUAAGAAAGGCACUGAAAAGAUCGACUGCUGCUGCCACUUGAUAUUUGGUGUAAACCAGCUGUAGUUAAAACCUUGUUCGCAGCAGGAAUCAGGUUUAAAUCAAUGUUCAAUCGAAUUAAGUUCUAAGGUAUUUUUAGUUUUACACAAUAAGUACUUUACUCAGUUCGCCAUGAUAAAGUGAAUGUCCUUGGGGUGAGUCUUUUGUUAUAUGUGCUGUACUUUGACAAGUUCGUAUUGCUUUUAUUUGGCAAAAAAUAAAAUAGAAUGAAGGCAUGCUUUCAAAAAUGA